AUGUCUGGAUACCAGGGCAGCCGCCCCAACUCCUGCAGCCACCCCUACAGUGCCCACAGUGAGUCCUUUCCGGGCCGGACCCCAGCCUGGUCCUAUUAUCCCAACCUGGGCGGGGCUAGCAGCUCCAAGCGCCCCAAUACCCCCAGUGGUUUGGAGUCCAGCAGCUACAACAGCCCUUCAGGGAAACCCUACAACCUCUACUCCCCGAAACUUCCAGUGAGGAGGAUCUGCAUGGGCCGACCCUACAACUCCAAGUGUGUGGAGACAAGUCACCUGGUGAACUGCCCCAGGGAGGCCAGGAAGCCUGCUGGCCACGGCCUGCUCUGCACAGAUCGUCCCUCUGGCACCCUCAGCCCCACCUUCCUGGACCAGCUCAUCAAAGGCAUCAACUACCUCGACAGGUCCACCAGUGCCUUCUGCACCAAAUCAUCUCUGAGCCUGCCGAGGCUCGCAGCCAACUACCUGGAGCGAGCUGCCAGCGCCAUCUACCUGGACCAACAGGACCACCCCUACCCCCACAGUUAUUCCCACCCCAGCACCAGUAUGGCCGCCUCCCACACCUCCCAGCCCAGCACCUGCAUGGUGCGGUCCCCAAGGACUGCCAAAGCUUUGCAGGGUAUGGAUGACAGCACCAACGUGAGUUGCCCUCGACUCUACAGCCAGAAUGUCACCCCCCUGCUACCACAGAGGCCGGGGAUCAAGUUGCCCGAGCUCCCUUUAUUCGGCAAUGGGAUCUUUUCCUUAGGUCGUCUGCCCAAGGUCUGGGAAGCAAUCCGCGCUGGUUGGAGGGCUCCUGAGCCCACCCCUAAACCCUGCAACUGGUGGUGA